UCCAAAUGUCAGCUCUGCUAUACCACAUGAGAAAGGUGAAUUUGAUUCUCAUACUCCAUGUGCCUCAGAAUCACUUGGGGAGCUUGUUGAAAGCACAGAGGCUUAGUCCCCACCUCAAAACUACUGAACGACACCCUGUAGGGCCCUGGCUUGGCCUGCUAUGCUCCUGAGACCUGUGUGCCUGGAUCAGUGGAUGUCUGGGGAUCCAGCUGUAACUUUCAAGGGGUUUAUGAUGCCUCUGGGAGAUGAAGUCAAGCACGCAGUCUCUAGGGGAACACGCCCAGUUCAGGUGCAGGUCGUGUGAGUGAGUGAAGCAGGCUACUGGGGCUGCGUGGCAAAUUGAAGAGCGCAUGUCCGUUUCACGGCAAUUGCAGCCCCAUCAGAUGGCUGCCAGUCGGGAGCGCAGGCCUGGCGUGGACGGACCUUCUGAAUUGUCAAGGGAAGUUGGAAGUCAGUGAGUCAGCUCUGCAUCUCACCAAGUCACAGAUUGCUGGCUCCGUGAAGACAGGGACAGUGACUCAUCACUUUAUCUCCAGUGGACAGCUUGGCACAUGGAUGGAUUCAGUGAAUGAACAAGCAGGUGGUUUAUCUUUUCACAGGUCUGGUGACAUAAGAGGGAACCCAAGGAGACCCCCGAAGGCCCUCAGGAACAACGAGCGACAGCAGUGAAGGCACCUGCAGAGCCCCUUGCGUUGCUGCUUCCUCGCUGCCUUUGGAGGUGGUGGGUAAGGUCCCUCCAUCCUCCAUCCACAGCUUCUCCAUUAUGCGCUUUCAGACUUUAUUUGAACAUUUCUUUCUGGAAACUGCUGAAGUUGGCCUGGGUCUACUUGAGAAACCAGACUGGGUCCAGGGUUGGACUGGUUCUGACUUAAACUGGACUGGGUCCAGUGUGAAGCCUCAGUUUCUGGUGACCAGGAGGAGUCCCGCUGGGACACCCCACCCUCUCCGGGGCCUGCAGAUGGCAUCCUGGGAAAACUGGCAGAAGCCCACAAGGGGUAAGAAUCCUUACCAAAGUCAGCUCGCCCAGAUCUCUGUGGUGUCUGCUCAAGAGAGGAAGUCCCCACCUAUUAUAGAUUUUGGAAAGAUAAUCAUCUACACGAAUAACCUGAAAAUCAUUCGAACUCCAAUGGACAAGAGAGAUUUCAUGAGGAAAAUGCUCCAGAAGGAAGAGGAGGCUGAGGAAGAGUCUCUGAUGAGCAAAGAAGAAAUCUAUGGAGACCAGAACGAUGGGCCUUUGGCAGAGACGGGAGGCACCUUCCCCCAUAACCAGUACCCACAGGAAGGGGAACUUCCCGAGGACAACUGUUUUCACUGCCGAGGAUCGGGCAGUGCCACCUGCUCUCUGUGCCACGGCAGCAAGUUCUCGAUGCUGGCCAACAGAUUUAAGGAGUCCUAUCGGGCCCUGCGGUGCCCUGCCUGCAAUGAGAAUGGCCUGCAGCCUUGCCAGAUUUGCAAUCAAUAGCCCGUGGCUUUGUAUGUCCGCUUUUAUCGCAUCCUCCCUAAAGCUGUUUGUAAUCAACUGCCCUUCCUCCACCUUCUCCUCCCUCUCCCAGCAAGGAAGCCACCGUGGCUGCCAUCACUUCCUCCACUGGCACAACUGAGUUACUCGAUGAUAUUUCGUGAGGCUCCAUGUGGGUCUAAGUGGCAGAGGCAUUUUUGAAUUAGAAUCUGCUUUGAAACUGGUUCUCAAGUGAUCCUUCCAGGACUGUGUGCAUGUAUCUCACUUGACUUAGCUCAGGUUUCUCCUUGCACAAGUGAACAAAUAAAUGUACAAUUCAGGCAGCAGGCUGAAGUCAUUUCCCGGUUGGGAGUUAUUUGAAAAAUUCUGCAGAGAGAAAGGAAUAAAAAAAGGCAGGUUUCUGAUGAACUGCAUUCUUGUUGCUUAUAAUGCAUUUCACACAGUUAUUGGUCAAAUUGCAUUUUUAAUCAAGCAGAGGAGGAAAGGGAGGCCCAAUGUUGAAUGCACUAGCAGGCCGCUGAAAACAAAACAAGAUGUGUUUGCUUCUUGCUGAAGAGAGGCAAGCUGAGGAGCCCCUUUUUUUUCAAAGUCCUGAGUCUCUCCUGUGUGAUGUGCUUGGGUAAUAUGCAUGCAGGCAAUGAGCAAUGCUACUUCUUAGGACAAGAUGAGAUGAGACAUUUCUGUGCGCCUCUACACUACCGAGGUUAUAAGCCAAGUCAAAGCUAUUUAUGAUAAAUUUGGUGCUUAAGUAUAUGGGUGUGUGUGAUAACGACUUCUUCCAGCCCCCAAAUUACUACCAAAAGAAUGCAUUUAUUUUAAGGCUAAGAUGUAGCCAUGAUCUCUUCAUAGAAGGCUGUGGGUAUUUUAUAGUUAUCUACUGGAAACUUCUAAAAACAAACUAACCAAGGCUGAUGUUUAGCAAUGAUGUUUCUACUGUCUAUGAACAUGCGUACUAAGGAUAAUUUUUCCUCUUCGAGUUGGUUGUAAAAUUAGAAAAAUACGUUUGUUAAAUGAACUUUUGCAGCUCUAACAGCCAUUCCCCUUCCCCCUUGAGAAUAACGCUGUAAAAUCUGUUAUCUAUUUAUACGCAUUGCUUUUCUAUGGUAAUUAUUUUGAUUUUCAUAACUUAAUUUUUUUCAAGAUUUGUUUGUUAUUCUCUAAUAUUCAGCUGUUAAUAUAAUUCAACAGUGGAGUGAUCUUCAGACAAUAUACAUACUUCUAAUAAAAAUAUUAAACUAUUUUUCAAGACCAAGAUAAUUUUGCCUGUUCUCUUUCAGCCAAAACAAUGGCACUAUCGCUCACCAACUUUCUUUGCUUCUGUACUUAACUAUUUCCUGACUCUGUUUAUGUUUUCUU